AUGCAGACGCCGACGAGAAGGACCAUCCAAAUCUUUUGUCUUCCGAUCGCCCUCCUCACCAAUUGCUCGCUCAUCUUUCUGAUUUGUACGAGAUCGCCGAGCAAACUCGGAACGUACAAGUACUUGAUGAUCUUCUUCGCCGCCGUCUCCGUCUCCUACUCGUGCUUCGAGGCCUUGUUGGGUCCGUUGUUGAUCGUCCACGGCGACUGUUUUCAAGUAGUGUCCGUCAUUCAGUUCGCCAACCCCAACAUCGAUCGAUAUCUCCUUUGUGAGUCGGAUUUCUGUUUCAGAAUAGGCAAAAAUAGAGGUGUUCUUUGCCCAAUUCUUAUUCGAAUCUUGAAUAGGUUUCUCAAAGCGUCAGGAAGUCACGUCAGAGACAGUAUCAGCCAGACCUGGACUUUUGGACCACCAAACUUUAAGAUUGAAGUAUUUUGGGUCCAAGCUUCAGAUGGAUCGGAUUAUCUGGUCCCGAGAUAUAUCGGCCUAAAGUCGGGGGUCUUGCGAACGACCGCUAUAUCUCCGGACUAAAUGAUCCGAUCGGGCUGAAACUUUGGCCUAACAGUAUUUCAAUUCAAGUCCAAGAAGCCUACAAAGUUUUACUACCAUUGCAUAUAGCAAGUGAUCCAAAAGUCCAGGCCCAAUAUCAAAUCUGUUGCAGACUACGGCUGCGGCUUCUGCGGCGUCAUAACUUCGAUGUUCGUCGUGCACUUCAUCUUCCGUUUAUUCGCGCUCGAAAGACGUGGCCACCUGAGGUACUUUGACGGUUUCUACUUCCCCUGCUGGCUGCUCAUUCCGAUUCUCACCGGUUUCGUCUGGACUCAGGCCCUUUUCUGGUUCAUGUCCGAAGAUGCGGAGAGUUCAGAGUACAUCAGGUGAGGAAAUGGGAAGCGGAUGAUGAGAAUCCGAGUGAGUUUGCAGAGAACUAAUGGAAACCGAGUACAAUACGAGCAUCUCGGAUGUUGUGCACGUCGGCGUUUUGUACUAUAAACGGGCGGAAAACGGAGGAGAGCUCGUGAAUUGGAAGGGAAUCCAGGGAGUGACAGUGCUCGGCAGCAUCAUGGUAAAAGAGUCUGAGAUUUGUGAAGUUCCGCGUGGAUUCAGACCAUCUGCUUCGUGCUCAUCACUUUCUUCGGCACCCUGACAUACAAAAGAAUCAAGUUGCUGGUCCUUCAAGGCCGAUCCGAAUUCACGAAACGACUUCAGAAGCAGCUUUACCAAGCAUUGGUUAUUCAGGUAAUUUCCCCAUUUUUUGCCCGGAACCUGAAACCGACUCCCCUAUUUUCAGACGGUGAUCCCGAUCUUCUUCAUGAUCGUGCCGCUCUCCUUCUUCUUCUUCAGCCCUCUCUUUCACUUUGGCGCCCAGUGGAUCGGUGACGUCACGACGAUGACCGUCGCAUUCUACCCGAUCAUCGACCCGCUUCCCGUCGUUUUCAUCGUCGACAACUAUCGAAAUGCGGUUUUCGGUGAGUUUGCGAAGGAAAAGUUGAUUGAAAAGGAGACGAAUUGCAGAACUAAUUGGCGUGUCCAAGAAACCGCAUGAAAUUAAUACGGGCAGUGGAUGA